AUGACGACGUUUCAAGACACCACAUCCAGAGGCAUGAUUAAGUUACCUGCAAAUUCUCAGUUCAAUCAACAAACACCUGGAAAACACCAUGCCAAUGUGCAAAAACGUCAGCAGCCAAGAGUAAAGGAGAACUGGAAGGAUACCAACCGUGGCCAAGUGACAGAAAUGGUUCCAACGAGUGUCACAACUUUCAUGGAUCAAGCUUAUCAAAUUGAAAAGCAACUAAGCAAGCUAUUACCAAGGCGACAGACCAAUAACAGCUUCCAAUCUAUAUUCCGUUAUAGUGAGAAUUUACGAAAAUGCUAUAUGGAAGCAAUUUUAAGCGAUAUCCAGCUCGCUGAAUCGCGAAAUGUUGAAUCUGCAUUGUGGAAGCAUGCAUUUUAUCAAGUUAUCGAAAGAUUCCGAAAAGAUGAGCGGCCAAAAUUUUCAGACGAUGAGCUCAUCAAUCAAGAAAAUCCUACAGACACCCGUAAAACGGCUCUUCAACGUAUUAUUGAUGAUGCGGUAUCCUUCUACUUAUCGUUAAUCAAACAAAUUCAGGAAAAAUAUGGUAUUGAUAUUGAAGACUUUUUAAAAAAUUCCAACAGGAUUGCCUAUAUCAAGCGAAAGAAACAAAAAUUAGCUCUGGUCAGUUGUCAUCGAUGUUAUAUCGCACUUGGUGACCUGGCUAGGUACCAAGAACAAAUUCAAGAUUCAUGUAAUUACGGUGUUGCCAGAAGGUACUAUUUGAAAGCUCAAGUUUUACUACCAAAAAAUGGAAAAGUUUAUAAUCAAUUAGCAGUUAUCGCUAUUUACGCCAAACGCCAGCUUGAUAGUGUAUAUUACUAUAUGCGAAGCCUGCUAGCAAGUAAUCCAAUUCUUACUGCUAGAGAAAGUUUACCUUCCUUAUUCGAGCAAGCAAGAAAAAAGGCGGAAUAUUACAGAAAUAAGCUAUCAAAUGGAAAAAAGCAUCAAAAGAAAGGCAAUAAAAGGGAACAUCAAUCUAUAGGAAAAUAUCAUCGUUACAAUGACGACUCUAGACAAGAAGCUACCGCUAAUUAUAAUAAUAAGCAGUUUACCAAAACUAGACAGGAAACUUGGUACAGUUCAUAUGAAGCAGCCGAACAAUCCAAAAAAUUGGAUACAACAGACAAUAAAGAAAUUAUACUUGGCUCUCCGCAGCAGUUGUAUAAGUUAUUUAUAGCUGAUUUUAUUCAUAUUCAUGGAAAACUCUUCACAAAAAUCAACAUGGAAUCUUUUCAUGAACUAUCAAAAGAAAUUGUGAAAGAACUGCAACAGCUAUUAAGAAGUUCCUCCAAGGAAUCUUUAGUUCUAGAUGAUGCAAUGGUUAUUUUACAAGUUACUCUCAUAAAUAUAUUCUCGAUUGAAAAUUGCAGAGAUACGAUUUUAGCAAGCGACGCAUUUAGCUUUGGUAAUGAAAUUUUUAAUCAACUCACUGCUUGGUUAAGCGAGACCAUUCGGAGCCAGAAUGAUAAUUGGCAGUCUCGCAUAACUACUGUGCUGCCUGCUAUUAAAGUUUGGUGUUUAUGGCUAUGGUGUGAAAUAGACGAAUGGACUCCCAAGUUAAGCAUGACAACAUGGAAGAACAUUACUGAUUUGUUAAAUAUACUCAAUUCACUUCCAUUAGUAAAACCAGUGGAGUGUGAUGACGGUAAAGAAGCUCUUUUGCUUUGGGAAGAUCAACACAUUCAAGGAUUUGGUCCUUUUCAUAAUCGAGAGAAUUUUAGCUUGUUAUUUGCAAUACCUCAGCCUAGUGACGAAGAAUCGGACGAUAUCAUUGUGGAAGGCGUAUGCAGUGAAGAUAGCGAAAAUGAAGCGGAUCACUUUAAUAUUCUCCAAGAUCUUGCAAUUACCGAUGUGCAGGAUGAAAAUUUUGAACUACUGAAGGCUCGAAAAGACGAGCUCUCUAAUAAAAUGGCGAAACAACAAGAAAUGCAAGAAACUGUCAAAGCCGUAGUGGAUCGCCAGCUAAACCUAGAAGAUAUCGAAUUGGAAGUUAUCCCUAAAUAUUUAGUAAUUGAUACCAAUACCUUAAUUGAUCGAGUUGACUUGAUUGGUAAUUAUAUCACCCAGAAGAAAUUUCAUAUCGUUGUUCCUCUAGUAGUAAUUAACGAACUAAGCGGGCUAUUAAAAGGUGAAGAUAGUUCUUCAGAUACAAGCCAUUCGAGUAAAGCCAGUGAAAUGGCUAAGAAUGCAAUGAUAUUUAUAGAAGAACAUUUUAGUAUUUGUAAAAGUCACUUGACGGUGUUAACAACCAAAGGCAAUGCACUACGCUCGUUAAAUUUUCGAAGUGAAGAUACAUCAUCUAACACCGUACAUAAUAAUGACGACUUGAUACUGCAAUGUUGCUUUCGCUAUUGCAAUGAUCGUGAAGAUCUAAUCGUAAGAGGUUAG